AUGUCCUACUACUUCGUCAUCGUGGGAACCCAGGACAACCCCCUCUUCGAGUACGAGUUCGGAACCUCUAAACAAGGCGGCGAUGGCUUGGCCCACUUUGGCGAGCAGCAAAAACACAUGACGCAGUUCAUCGUGCACAGUUCCUUAGAUAUCGUCGAAGAGGUGCAAUGGACAUCGGGUCAGAUGUACCUCAAAUGCAUUGACAAAUUCUUCAACAACUACAUCUCCUGCUUCAUAACCCCCAGCAACGCCAAAUUCCUCCUCCUCCACCAACCCACCUCACCGACCUCCUCCCUCCCCCUCGGCUCCACGAUGACCGGCUCCCUCGCUGCCUCCACCACUCUCUCAGUGCCGCCGGCCCCUACUGCGCGCGCGUCGACGGCCAUAGGCGCCAACCCGACGGGCCUCGCGACGGAGGAGGCCAUACGGAAUUUCUUUACCGAAGUGUACGAGAAUUGGGUCAAGGCUGUUAUGAACCCGUUUUAUAGGGCGGAUAUGGAGGUUACCAGUCCGAUUUUUAGGCAGAGGGUUGCUGCGGCGGGGAGGAAGUAUCUUUGA